CGUUCACGACUCUUGUUUGCAGAUUGCGCGGCCAAAUUGAAGCAAUAUGGCGGAUUGACACAAUAAUUUUUAAUGCGUGAUAUAUAUAUGUCUACAUAUAUUACUGUAAUUACUAGAGUACAAUUACCGCAGUGAUAAAGUGAAUUGCAGUGAAUAACGGGAUAUAUGAACCAAUUUUGUAUUGUGCACGAGUAUUAAUACUAUCUUUAAUUAGUCUUUGUACGUUUUGACUUACAGCACGACCUCGGUUGUGCGACGAAUCUUGGCUUCGAAUUUAUUUCGAUAAAUUAAUUUCAAUGAUGUAUUCAUCGUGCUAAUUAACUAUUACGGUGACUUCACUGCUGAUUUUUAUUUGUAUGACGGAAUAUGUCGUCCACGCCGAGUAAAAUGCGAGGUCCAGGAAGACCACCAAAGUCGAAGAACAGCUGUACAUGGUGCGGUGAAACUAAACAACCGUUGAAAUAUGUUCUUCCUACGCAACAUGGCAAGAAGGAAUUCUGUUCGGAGACAUGUUUAUCUGAAUCUCGUAAAAGUUUUGCACGAGGUGCAUGUGCACAAUGUGAAAGUUUAAUUAGAAAUACACCAGUUAAAUUGGAACAGAAAGAUGGCUCAAAAAAGGAUUUUUGUUGUACAGCAUGUUUAAAUGCUUAUCAGAAAAAAGACAGUCAAACAGAUAUAAAGAAAAACAACAGGGAUCCAUCUUCACCGGUACCAUCUCCUGCUCCAUCUGGAUUACCAACUAAUGAUGUCAAACCAUCUAUUACACAGUCUUAUACUACCAGCACAAAUAAUCAGACAACUGUAUCUAAUUCACCAUCAACAUCCAAUGGGCCAUUUCAGUAUGAGACUUUUCAAACUUUUGAUUGGGAUAAUUAUUUAAAAGAGACAAACAGUAAAGCAGCUCCAGCUGAAUGCUUCAAACAACAUGAAGUUCCACCGACGAAUGAAUUUAAAAUUAAUAUGAAAUUGGAAGCACUAGACCCGCGAAAUGUAACAUCAACUUGCAUUGCUACUGUAGUAGGUGUUCUUGGAGCUCGACUGAGAUUAAGAUUAGAUGGAUCUGAUAAUAAAAAUGAUUUCUGGCGCUUGGUCGACAGUAAUGAGAUUCAUCCGAUUGGGCAUUGUGAGAAAUCUGGUGGAAUGCUUCAACCACCGUUAGGCUUCCGAAUGAAUGCGUCAAGUUGGCCAAUGUUUCUCUUGAAAACAUUAAAUGGUGCUGAAAUGGCACCAGGAAAAGUUUUCAAACGUGAACCAAAGACACCACGUUCCAAUUUGUUCGAAGUCGGAUAUAAGUUAGAAGCAAUAGAUAAGAAAAAUCCACAACUUAUAUGUACUGCAACAAUCGGUGCCAUUAAAGAUGAUAUGAUACAUAUUUCAUUUGAUGGCUGGCGUGGUGCUUUUGAUUAUUGGUGCCGUUACGAUUCUCGAGAUAUUUUUCCUGCAGGAUGGUGCUUUAAAAGCGGACAUCCACUGCAACCACCAAGGCAGAAAUCAACAGGCCCUAAUCGAUUUAAGUCCAAAAGCAGUAAUGUUUUGUUAGUAAUGGCUGUUUCCGGUAGCAAUACCAGCAGAGAGCCAGCAGUUGCUUUAGUAAGCCCUGCAGGUUCCAGUGCACCGCCACAGCCAGCUACAGAACCUGACACUAGUACAGCCAAUAUCAAACCUCAUCCACUCGAAAAUGAAUAUAAAUAUAUGCUUUAUGUCAAUCAUAAUUGUUGUUGCGGACCGUAUUUCGAUCCUCGGAAAGUAAAAGCCAUGCCAGCAGAAUUUGGUCCCGGUUCUAUCACAAGUGUUGCCAAAGAGCUCUUCCAGGCAUUUUUAAUGGCAGCCAUGAGUACGAGACAAAUGUUAAGUUUAAUAAGACGCGGUGAAGGCGAAACUAUACACUUAAUUCUGGACAGUAAGCCAAAUUCCCUUAGAUUACCUGCUUUUCUGGAUGAAGAAGACUUUUAUACAUACGUUAGCCAGCAACUGGAAGAUCUAUGUGCAUGUGAGAAUAUGGUAGUUAGAAAUAAAGAAAUUUGCAUGAAGUGCUCCAAUGCUCUACGAUUACAAUCUAUUAAUAACGAAGAAACAAGUAACACCGUGGGAGAGAAGAGAAGAUGGUCAUCACCAAGUCAGCAGAAUUUAACAUCUAGUACAGCGCAACAGCAUGCACAACAAACUAAUAUACAAAGUACUAACAAUUCUACGUUGUCAUCACCUGCACCUAUAAAGCAGCAACGUAAAUCCGUUCCUGAACUUGAAGCAGCAACGUCCACUACUCAAUCUGAAACUACUGCAACUCGCACUCCUCCUAGUGAACCGGCAGAAUGGACUAUUGAAGAUGUAAUACAUUAUAUUGCUAUUACAGAUCCAGCACUAGGACAACAUGCAGAUUUAUUUAGAAAACACGAAAUCGACGGCAAAGCUCUGCUUCUUCUUAAUAGUGACAUGAUGAUGAAAUAUAUGGGUCUAAAACUCGGGCCAGCACUUAAAAUUUGCAAUUUGGUAAAUCGUAUUAAAGGUAGACGACAUAUACUGAUGUGAUUUUCCCAGAUAUGAAGAUACGUACAUAGUAACCGAAACUAAUGCAUUUUAAUAAGCUGGUCAGACUAUGUUUUCAAUCAUGAAAACAAACUAAUAUAUAGAUUGUUAAAAAUAAUGUGAAUAAUGUGAAUGUGUCACACUGAUAAUUAAAUUAAUCCUCGAAAUCACGAUCAUAUAUCGAUAUCUUUAUAGUUUAGAUAAGAUAAAAUCAAAGACAAGCUUCAAUUUUUGGGGAUAUAGUUUCAUUUGUUCAGAAAAUUUGUAUUAAUUAGUUGUAGCGCAACUUAUUUUUGUUAAUAAACUUAUUGUCUUAUGAGUAUUAACCAAUUCGAUUCCACAUAUGUAGCCAAAAAUAUCAUAUGUGAUUUCUUAUAUAUGCUCAUUAAAACAACAUAAACAUUUCCUAAACUUGUAAAUAUAUAUAUACACACACAUCAUGUCACAUUUUAUUUUACAAGUCCAAUAUUGUGAAAUACAUCGUGAAAUAUAUCGUAAGCGAGAUAUUUGUUUUAUACUUUCAAGCCAUGUUCGUGAUAUCGUAGAUUAACGAUCUUCUUUAAUGUUAUAUUUUUAUUACGUCAUCAUAAAUAAAUCUAAUGUAUGUCUGUAUCAUCUAACACAAUAGUGCAGCGACCCAACAGAAUUUGAUAUAUAAGUAAAAAUUUUUAAUAUUUA